AAGCGCUGCACUCACGUGGCUCCAUACAGCGGCUAAUGGAGCACAGACGCUAUAAAGUCCUAAUACAUGUUAACGCUCAGCUGCUGUCAAACUCAGCGGAAAGACUCAUCGAGUGAUGAACACAUUUGAGAUCCGGCAGCUCUGAAACCUGCAGGGAAACAUGUUUUGUCUCCGGCUGCGACUGUUGCUCCAGCCCGUGACACCGGUCUCUGCUGUUUCCCGGCUGAGCGCACACAAACUGGCCUCCCUACAGAGUGUCACAAAGCUCUCCCCAAACAAAGUCCAAAGCUUACUCUACCCCUUCAGUGAGCUGAACGCAUACCUGGACAGGUCUGUGGACACGACGCAGUUCCAGCUCUUCCAUCCCAGUGUGGAGGACAUGAUUAAAGCAGAAAAGCUGUUUUGCUCUUCACCAUCUCAUACCAUUGAUUACUACAUCUCUGCAGAGAGGAUGGACCACAUACCUGCGCUGCGCCAGCCAGAGGUUUGUUUCAUCGGCAGAAGUAAUGUGGGCAAGUCGUCUCUCAUCAAAGCUCUGUUCUCCCUGACGCCUGAGGUCGAAGUCAGAGUCUCCAAAACUCCAGGUCACACAAAGAAGAUGAACUUCUUCAGAGUGGGGAAAGCUUUCACCAUCGUGGACAUGCCAGGCUACGGGCACAGAGCACCCAAAGACUUUGUGGAUAUGGUAGAGCCAUAUCUUUACACGAGGAAAAAUCUUGUAAGGACAUUCCUGUUGGUUGAUGGCAGUGUUGGUCUCCAGAAGGCCGACCUCAUCGCCCUGGAGAUGUGUGAGGAUAUCAAACGUCCAUAUGUGAUAUUGGUGACAAAGAUUGACAAAUGUGGGCAGGGGACACUGCUGACAAACCUAUUUAAUCUCCAGGAAGUGGUCAAAACACAGACUUCAUGCUGCUUUCCACAGCCAUUUCUGGUCAGCUCCCUCCGGUUUUUAGGAAUCUACCUCCUGAGAUGCUUCAUUUCCCAUCUAACAGGCAGCAUCAAGUUAACAAACACCUCUCAGAGCUGAUCAGAGGUCAGCUUAGUCUCCAUGAGUGGGGUCUGGAAUCCUUCUCUUUAAUCUAUUCCCAACAGCAGAUAAUGGGAAUACUGAAGAUUUAACAGCACUUUUAAUGUAUUUUAUGACUCAGUGUGGAGAUGUGUGUGUCUAAUAAUGGCCAAUGCUGACUGGAGGGGUUUUUGACUGAUGGACCACCUCCAAUUACAUAAUAGCUGAAGAUGCUUUUACUAUGAAUUAAAAUGUAUAGCUCACUUGUUGGUUUGGCUGAUUGUCCUUUAACUUUAUAUGUACUACAUCACUCCUUCAGAAUGCAGACAAAUGCUACACAAGCCAUAUCCGUUCAUGGAUGUAGAUACAAUCUUCUUGGAAAGGUUUCCAUCAUAUUUUGGAAUCAAGUUAAAGAUAUAUUAUUUAUGUUUCCGCUGAGAACAUUUCUAAAGUUUGGUAAGUUUCAAGGUUUAAGUUUUGUUUAAGUUAACACAGGGUGAACAGAGAAAAGGAAAGUGUUGGAUGAGAACAACAGGUCGGCUCAGCAGUGCAAUUAGACCAAUAAUUAAAUUCCAAUAAAAUAAAAAAAGCUCAUAAAACAAAUGCAAUACUAUAACACAAUAAACAGAGGAUGCAUGGUAAAAUCAAA